GUCUUCCAAAACCACGGUGUCGUCUGUGUAGCAUAGUUGAUUCUGCACACAGCUACAUCUGCAAAGCCUCGGGAGGAAGCCGAAUUACCCACGCAAGUACAAGAAGAUCAUGCAGGCUUCAUGCUGAGAGACCCCAGGAAGUUUGGAUGACUUUGAGGCCUGAUUGCAGCUUUUUUGAGGACAGACAGUCACAAGAGGGAGCCCUGAGAUGGAGGACGCGUACAGUGAACUUUACCAGCAGUUUCUUCGCCUCAGGUCGUUGUGCCUCAGACAGGCAUCUCUGCUUCACCGGCUCACAACAGCCCUGCAGAAACAGCAAGGGGUCUCUGUUUCAGAAGUAGAAGUGAGCGAUCUGAUUUCUAUCCCGGUCCAGUGUUCCCAUGAGGUCUCUGCGUUUCUGUACGAAAAGCCUCAGCCGCUGACGUCUGCGGGACCAGACCCCACGCUGCCGCACGGGGCUGAGCACGCUUCCAGAAAUGUUGGCUGCGCCUCCGGUGUCCUUGCUGAGGGAAUGUCGAAGCUCAGCGUGAACAUGCCUUGUCAGAGGAAGCAGGAUGCGAAGACGGAGAUGUUGAACCCGUUCGUGUUCAAUACGGAGUUCUCGAAACUCCACGCAGAUUCUCCCAGCAGGUCAAAGCCUUCAGAACAAAAUGGCCCUGGUGAACGCAGAGCUCCGUACAUGAUGCCGAUGACGGAUGGAGGCCUCCUGAACCUGUCUGGAGGAGCCAUGAUGUCUGAAGUGGCGAUGCACUCGCAUGUUUGUGACUUCUGCCAAGCGGUUUUUCCCGGAGACUCGACCACACGAGGAGAGUUCCUGCGUCACCUUCACACCCAUGUCACAUAGACCAAAGACAAACACUACAGUUGAAACGUAUUUCCCUUCUGUGGAUCUCUUCACUUCUACUUUUUUUUUUUGUUUGGUUUUUAGGUCAAUAAAUUCGCCUUAAUGUUAGAGAAAGAAACCCUGAGCAAAAAGCAAAUUUUAAAUGACAAUUUCUUUUAUUAACGUGACCUGUCAUGCUUCCUUGAACAGGUUAUAUUAGAUCUAUGGUUGAUACAAAACAUGCUCAAUACAUUUUUUUGCACA